UAAAUCAUUGAUUUUUUUUUUAUUUAUAGAAAUAUUAUUAUUUUUUCUUUUCUAAAACUUCUACUGAAUCUUAUACUUAUACUGAAAGAUAAGAUAAUAAACCUAAGUAACGAGUAGGCAAAUUUCAAGGGAAAUGUCUGCAAUGUGUUUAAAGAAGGCUGCAAUGGAAUGGAAUAAAAUCAGGACAACGAUUAUUUUGCAACAUCGCCUCAAGGAUACCCAGCCGCCAAAGUCACCUCCUCCUUUACCUGUUAGGAAAACGCCAGCACAACCCCCGUUGCAACCAAAUACUCCACCACCACAGACCAAAACAACUUUUGGACCUCUUGCAGAUCAAGACCGUAUUUUCACGAAUCUCUACGGCAAACACGAUUGGCGACUGAAGGCUGCACUAAAACAAGGUGACUGGCAUAAAACUCAAGAAAUUUUAUUAAAAGGCUCAGAAUGGAUAAUAAAUGAAAUAAAAGCUUCUGGCUUACGAGGUCGAGGAGGUGCAGGCUUCGCGACUGGCCUAAAAUGGUCAUUCAUGAGUAAACCACCUGAUGGUCGUCCUAAGUUUCUAGUAGUUAAUGCAGAUGAAGGUGAGCCGGGUACCUGCAAAGAUCGUGAAAUUUUACGCCAUAACCCCCACAAACUGGUAGAAGGUUGUCUUUUAGCUGGACGGGCAAUAGAUGCUCGGGCUGCUUUUAUAUAUAUACGAGGUGAAUUCCAUAAUGAAGCUUGCAACACACAAACCGCUAUCGCUGAGGCCUAUAACGCUGGUUUUCUGGGAAAGAAUGCAUGUGGAUCCGGGUUCGAUUUCGAUGUUUAUAUGCAUCGUGGAGCUGGCGCUUAUGUGUGUGGUGAAGAAACGGCAUUGAUUGAGUCAUUGGAAGGCAAGGCCGGUAAGCCACGGCUUAAACCACCUUUUCCUGCUGAUGUGGGUGUUUUCGGUUGUCCCACGACUGUCAACAAUGUGGAAACGAUAUCCGUAACGCCGACAAUUCUACGCCGCGGCGCGAAAUGGUUUGCUAGUUUCGGCAGAACACGCAAUUCCGGUACUAAACUAUUCACCAUUUCGGGGCACGUCAAUAAACCGUGUAGUGUUGAGGAAGAGUUAUCAAUGCCGCUUAAAGAAAUAAUCGAACGUCAUGGUGGUGGCGUAAGUGGUGGUUGGGACAAUUUACUAGCCGUCAUACCUGGCGGCUCUUCAACGCCAAUAAUACCAAAAAAUGUUGUAGAAACUACCAUUAUGGACUUUGAUGGUCUGCUGGAUGUGCAAACAUCUUUGGGAACCGCUGCCAUUAUUGUGAUGAACAAGUCAACGGAUGUGGUUAAAGCUAUAGCCCGUUUGUCUGCUUUUUACAAGCAUGAAAGCUGUGGUCAGUGUACUCCUUGUAGGGAGGGUUUGGCUUGGAUAAAUAAAAUCAUGCAGCGAUUUGUAACCGGCAGAGCACAGCCUGAAGAAAUCAAUAUGAUUUUGGAAGUUACAAAGCAGAUUGAGGGGCAUACUAUAUGCGCGUUGGCCGAUGGUGCCGUCUGGCCAGUGCAGGGACUCAUGCGACACUUUAGACCGGAAGUUGAGGCUCGAAUCAAAGAGUAUGAAAAGCGAGGAAAAAAGAAGAACCAAAUUAAAAGAUGUGUAUAAAAAGCGUUUUUGAUUGGUUGAAGAGCUUUCAAAUAUUAUUAAAUAAAUAUAUUUUAUUCAAAGAUA